AUGGAUGAAGGGUUAAUCAAUGGAGUUGUCUUUUUAGAUCUAAAUAAAGCAUUUGAUACCGUUGACCAUGGUAUUUUAUUAAAAAAAAUAUAUUUGUAUGGAGUGAGAGGAAGGGCGCAUGACUGGUUUAGAUCCUAUCUGUCUAAUCGUACCCAGUAUUGUCAAGUUAAUGGCAAACUGUCUGAACCACGAACAAUAAUUACUGGUAUUCCGCAGGGCUCAAUUCUUGGACCCUUACUCUUUCUUGUUUACAUAAAUGACUUGCCAAAUUGCUUAAAAAGUGCGGAUUGUGACAUGUUUGCUGAUGAUACUCAAUUAGGAACGGCAAAUAAGGAUGUUAAAGUAAUUUCUGAAACGUUAAAUGAUGACCUAGCAAAUAUUUCAGUUUGGAUGGCGGCCAACAAGCUGAGCCUGAACAAAAGCAAAACUGAAUAUAUGUUUAUUGGAUCACAUCAAAAACUUAAACGUCCUUAG